AUGGCAACACUCACUGAUGAUGCUGACUACGAUGUCGGCGAAACGUUAGAUUAUGUUCCAAGUUCACCGUCUGAUGCUGGGAAUUAUGAUAACUACUAUGGCAAAGGACUUCGGACUAGGUGCGUUUUACUAAGUCUCCCGGACAAGAAGACCAAGUUGCGACAACGAGGUCAACCCACUUUUGGUUUAUAA